AUGCAGCGAGAGGCUACAGUUAGAAUGCACAAGAUAGAGUCCUUUUGGUCACCAGUAAUUGCAAGUACAACAAAUAUCAACGUCACUAAUUUGGAGAAUAAUCACAGCAUGGGAACUGAGAUUGUCAGAGAUUACAAUAUUAUGUCUCCCGGAAACUUAGUUAAUAUCAUUAUAUCACUAGUUAAUGAAGUCGAGAGUAGUAAAAUUACAAAAGUGGAAAAG